UCUCCACUUUCACGCUUCCUAAGCUUCUUCACUUCACUCUCCAACAGCCCCCCUUUUUCCGCUCUGCCCGUCUGCAAGUUCUCUUCCUUUUCUUUUCACAUUCUAAAAUCCUUGCUUAAUUCUAAGGGAAGAAAGAAGAAGAAAUGAGGGGUCCUUUGGGGGCAGUAAUAGGAAGAUAUCCAUCAAGUGAUGGAACUACAGAGCGUGGAGGGAUCAUUAAGCACAAUAGGAAGUGUAGAGAUGUUGCUUUUCUUGUCAUUUUUAUAGCAUUUUGGGUUGCUAUGAUUGUUAACUCUAGCUUUGGGUUUAACCAAGGAAACCCAUUAAGGCUUACAUAUGGUCUGGACUACAAAGGGAAUGUAUGUGGUGACAGACAUGCUCAUCCCGGCCUUCGUAAGCUGGAAAUCAAGUAUUGGUUGAAUCCAAAUCAGGUUUAUCAAAGUGGUGUUAAGGACAGUCAAUUCAAGUUGUCUAAUGCUCGGAGUAUAUGCUUAUGGGAUUGCCCUAUUCCGUCUGAAGAUUCACUUAAUUGGGUCUGUGAUUAUCCGGAGGGGGAUAUCCGCCUCUCAAUGCGCGACUGGAUCAAUAGAUAUUAUGAUUAUUAUGAAUUUCUUACACCAGAAAUGCGAAAUACUUCACUUCAACUUCAGGGUCCAUGUUACCCUGUUAUAUUUCCGAGUGUGAAUGUUCAUUGGAGCUGCCAAUUCAUUGCUCGUGCAUCAAACACAUCCUUGCGACACUGGCAACAGAUGGGUGGAGUGAAUAUCAACGAGGAUAUCGUAAUAGAUAAAUCAAUUCAUAGGUCCAUCAAUUCUCGGUCGUCUGUCUUAAAGCGUUACAUGGCUGAUAUUGGAAAGUCAUGGCCGGUGUUGAUAGUUUGUGGAGGACUCUUACCGCUAUUUCUGUCGGUCAUAUGGCUGUUAAUGAUUCGCCAUUUUGUUGCAGCUAUGCCUUGGAUCACUGUUGCUCUCGUCAACAUUCUCAUAAUAACCGUUACAAUGUUUUACUACUUAAAAGUCGGAUGGAUAGAGAACGAUGCCAUCUCCCCUAUCAUUGGUGAGCAUGAUCCAUAUAUAAAUGUUUUCGGAAGGGAACUAAAUCAUCUACGCGCUGUUGCCAUUCUAAUGACAUUUGUUAUGGUUGUUUCCGUCCUAACGUCAAUUGCAAUUAUCCGCCGCAUUAUAAUGGCAACAUCAGUUCUCAAGGUUGCUGCAAAAGUCAUAGGCGAAGUUCAAGCACUGAUAAUUUUUCCAGUCAUACCGUAUGCAGUUCUUGCGAUUUUUUAUAUGUUCUGGAUAUCGGCUGCCCUUCAUCUGUUUAGUUCCGGUCAGGUUGUCAAGAACAACUGUAAUGCCAACUGUUGUGCUUAUGAUCUUGUGGCGAAAAAGGUGAAUUGUGAUGAUUGCUGUGGCUAUAGCAUCCAUUACACUCCUCAUAUUGCCAUUGCCAUCUUCUUCCACCUGUUAGGGGGUUAUUGGGCUACACAAUUUUUUAUAGCGUGUUCUUCGACCGUGAUUGCGGGUUCUGUUGCUUCUUACUAUUGGGCUCGUGGUGAAACGUCGCCAGAGAUCCUAUUUCUUCCCGUUUUUGCCUCUAUGAAGCGGCUUAUACGAUACAACCUUGGGUCUGUCUCCCUUGGCUCAUUGGUUGUAUCCUUUGUGGAAUCAAUUCGUUUCAUUCUUGAGUCCAUUCGUCGUAAACCCAAAGUUUCUGGUACAUCUGAUGGUUGGUUUGGAAGGAUGGGAAAUCAUACUUCACGGAGAUGUUUGAGCUGUGUCGAGUGGACCAUCAAAUCGGUGAAUCGUAAUGCUUAUAUAAUGAUUGCCGUAACGGGGAAAAGCUUCUUUAAGGCAUCUGAAAUCGCAACGGAAUUGAUCAUGAAUAACAUCCUUCGGAUAGGGAAGGUGAACGUGAUCGGAGAUGUUAUUCUAUUUCUUGGAAAGUUGUGUGUCAGCCUUUCAAGUGCAGUUUUCGGAUUCCUAAUGCUGGAUACCCACAAGUACCGAGCUGCUCAUGACAAAAUAUCCUCCCCAUUGCUUCCGGUCCUGAUAUGUUGGGCUCUCGGUUACGUUGUAGCAACUCUCUUCUUCGCCGUGGUGGAGAUGUCGAUCGACACCAUCAUUCUUUCGUUCUGCCAGGAUUCAGAGGAGCACCAAGGCACCGCCCAAUACGCACCUCCGCUUCUCAUCGAAACGCUCGGCGACCAGAAUGAGAUGCAGAGACUCACUCAAUGAUCUUACUUUUGCUGUAUAACUUCCAUAGAUUUCAUGAAUCCUUGAUACGAUAGUGUUUUUCUCAC